AUGAAUGGAGAGCCAACUUGCCAAGAGCGAGCCCUCUACCCUGUAUUCGAUCCUCAAGAUCCUCGUCACAAUCCUCAGGCACAAUCCUUUUCUCUCUAUCGCCAAAGAUCAUUGAAUUCGUCGGAAUCACGAAAGCGCAACCAGUGGACUCAGAGCAUCCCAAGACAAUCUUUUCGCAGGGUGCGGUCUCGUCUGCUGGCACUGAGGGCGAGCCUGCUACGCCGUUCCGCUGUCGAAGAUGACCAGCUUGGAGAUACUGCUGAAUUGCGAAGUUUUGUUAGCCCCGUUGCUUUGAGGCGCGAACGAGAGCAGCAUGGUCUUCGACAGGCAGCUUUCAGCUUGGAUACACAAGAUGAUCUGGGUUUCGGUACUGAGAUUCAUCGAACUGGUACUCCAUGGCCGACCAUCGAGGUCCAUGAGAUGGAAGUUCACCAGGGCCAUGAUAUAUCAGACAGUGUGACUCCCGCACCCAGAAUACGGACAAGGCCUUCUGGGAUUCCCCCAACAACAUUUCCAACAAUAACAGUGUACCGAAGUCCAGACUUGAUCUCUGUUGUGGAGUCGCCUUUGAGUGACCCAGUUGAGUCACCCUCUAGCCACAACAACAACGUUGACUAUCAACUCGAGAGAGAGUUGACUUCGAGCACUGGAGCUGUACCGGCUCAACUAGAGCGCCAGUUGGAUGGUCAUGCUGCCGACACCAGCCUUUCAUUUCGUAACUUAACACCACGGGGUGUUACAGGGACGACCAACAAAGAGCUCGAUAUGUCGUCCCAUGAGCUCGGUGAUACUCAACCUGCUUGGGCAAAACAGCCGACGGAAGGCAAUGGAGCCCAGAGAGAUUCAAUGUCAGACGUAAGCGGUUAUGUAGCUGUCCAACAAAGGAUGCGUGGGAAUGGGGAAUCAGAAAGCCGACUAUCUUCAAGAUCUUCCAGAAGCACAACACCCAGCAUCUUUCGUCAUCUCAGCGUUCAUACAGCAUGCCAAGGGGUGAAUGUCAGACUUUAUCCGUCACGAGUCACGGAACAAGAGCUUGCGAGCGCCGCGACGAAUCCAGCAACAGUUACUAUAUCGAGACAAUGCUCCGCCGAAGUGGAAUUUGCGUUCCCUGGAAUCUAUCAAGAGAUGCUUGAGCAGUGGAUGAGAGAGCCUCGUCAAAGUCAGGUUGCCCUUGCCACUGAGCUAGAAGGCACAUCGUCCGUUUUGCAAAAGCGAACCCGCACGAACUCAGCACAACACCCCGUGGCCCAAGACGAUGCAUGCGAUGAUCUACCUUCAUACGAUGAGUACGAUCAGGAUGCUCUCAUCUUAGAGUCCCCACAAAAACCCAGCGUCAUAGUAGACGCCUCAGUUAUGGAAGACUUGCAGCCACUCGACCACUCAGGCCCAUCUUUUGCUGAAGAUUUAGACCGUCAGCACUUUGACAACGGAUCGCAAGGGCUCACACAUUCUCCCAAUACCAUUGACGAAGUCUUAUAUCAUGAAUCAUCCUCAACGAACGCGACAAAUUUGAAGGCUCGGCACUCAUUUGGCCUUCACAUAUCCUUGUCGUCUGACUGUGCCUCCGGCACUGAGCAUGUGAAUGCCACAUUCCAAAACCUACAGGACGGUCCUGAGUAUCCGCGUCUCUACGCCGACAGUACAUCGCCAGAUUGUACAUCGGCCGAAGUCACUUCAAUGACAUCAAUGUCAAGUGACCCAUGGUCGCCGAUCGACAGCGAAGUUCUAUUUCCAACGUCAACGGUAAACGCAAACGAAUAUUACCUCGUCGACGGGAAAGAUAGCACUUACUACCAUGAUCGAGGUAACCAACCAGUCAAGACUUCCCGCCAAGCAACCAGCGAAGACAAUUCCCAUUGUCUUUCCAGUUUGGAUUGGACUUCUUCCAUUCGGAGCCGAGAGAUGACUGAGGUUAUGUACCCAUCAAACAUGUCUGUGCAGCUUGCAUCGCACAGCGCUCACGGAACAGACUUGAGUUAUGACGAAGAUGAAACGGAGAUGUAUGAUAUUGAGUAUCGUGGUCUGCCGAGUCACCCCCAUUGGUAG